AUGGCGACCUUCAUCGCAUAUCAACUUCGAGCAUAUGCACCACCCUUCGAUAACCACACUUUCAGCAGAUCUCCCACGAUUGGGUCUUCCACUUGUACGUCGAGUAGACAAAGCUCUAGAUCUCCCAAUCAGACAAAGUCUGUCGGCAAAGCGGAUUUCAUGGAUUUCGUGGACUUCGUGGAUUUGACCCCCACUCACCAGGACACCCCUCGGAAGUGUCUGGUGCUGCCGGAACUUCGGGAGCCGAUCGAUAUCAGUGACCUUUCGUCUCUCCAUGAAAUCUUGACGCAGAACGACAAACAGUUUGGAGGUAGCGACGCAAUCGGCUGCGAGGUCUUCGCAUCGCCAGCUCUGGUCGACGGGACCUGCCGCGAGCGUGGUCGCGAGAGUGACAGUGAGGAGACUGCUAGUCUUACCGCGACGACUGCUACAAGUGUACGGCUCGGUGCCAGCCAAGACAACCCGAUUGUGCUGGACGAUGACCAACUAGUUGAUACGCACCAUAAAGACACGGUUCCUCCUAAUGACGAAAAGCCCACUUGCAAACCUGCGGAUCCAGCAUAUCCCGGCGAUGAGCCCCUAUUAUUUUCUAAAGGAUGUGUCGAUCCACGUACGGAUGAUGGCAAGCACACCCUAGACUGCUCAGCGAAGAACAGCACGGCUAUCCGUGCAAGUCACGAGCAACAACAACAAGAAGAAGAAGGUAAUGAAUCACACAAUGAUAACGCUGCCCAUACCCGUGAUCUAGCUAGAGGUAAUGGUGAUGACAAGCACAGUGGCGGUGGUGUUGAUUCGGAUGCACCGGCGUCUGUCGGCCGAAUUCACGACGUCGUUGCUGAGUACGAGGAGACCUUCGGCUUUCGUAAGUCGAAGCAAAAUGCGGCACAUUCAACUCCACAUGAGUGCGGAGAGAGGGAGACGACAGUAGGCGCUAUUCCACGUGGCGUCUUGCAGGAAGAGCCACGGACAGCUACGGACGACGGCGUUACGGACGUUAAGUAG